CUCACCAUACAUGCAGUAUUCUAUACAUGCAAGCAUUGCCAAUGCGUCAAUUUUUAGGCUUUAUGAUUGGAAUCAGAAAAAUAAAAUUAAUUUAGAUGAAAACAAAUAUCUAACGGUGUCUAAAACUAAUUGAAACGAAAUCCAUAUUAUGUCAUUUCAAAGUAAAAAUAUAAUAGAAUCAAUAUUGAUUACUACACCAGGUAACAAAAUGGUAACAAUGACGUCAGAAUCUGACAAAGCGUCAUCGUCAGUAUCUAAAAAGGCCAAUUCAACAACAAUCGCUCCAAUCACAGAAGUGGCACCAAAUAUUUUAGUUUAUAAAAAAAUGGAAGCAAUUGUCGAUAAGAUGCAAGGUGAAAAUGGUGGCGUUUCGGUGAGAACAGUAAAAGCUUUUAUAAGCAAAGUCCCAUCAGUGUUUACGGGCGCUGAUCUCAUUUCAUGGAUACUCAAAAAUUUGGAUGUUGAAGAUGUCACCGAUGCAAUACACUUGGCACACUUACUAUCAUCACAUGGAUAUCUAUUUCCGAUCGACGAUCAUCAACUAACAGUUAAAAAUGACGGCACAUUUUAUAGAUUUCAAACGCCAUACUUUUGGCCAUCGAAUAUGUGGGAACCAGAAAAUACGGACUAUGCCGUAUAUUUGUGUAAGCGAACAAUGCAAAAUAAAACACGGCUCGAAUUAGCCGACUAUGAGGCGGAAAACUUAGCACGUUUACAAAAAAUGUUUUCCAGAAAAUGGGAGUUUAUAUUCAUGCAGGCCGAAGCCCAGAGUAAAGUGGAUAAGAAACGUGACAAACUCGAACGCAAGGUUCUUGAUUCGCAAGAGCGAGCAUUUUGGGAUGUACAUAGACCGAUGCCUGGAUGUGUUAACACAACGGAAAUGGACAUUAAAAAAGCGUAUCGUCAUGGCGCCUCAAGUCAUGGGUCCGGUUCAGCUGGUGCUGCACUCAGCAAUAAUCCUAUAGAGCAGAACAAUAGACUGAUUGCAUUGCGCAAACAAAAACUCGAGCGUAGAACAAUAAAAGUUUCCAAAGCUGCCGAUUCCCUCGUAUCGUACUAUGAGCAAUACAGUGAGUUCGAUUACUUUUUAACUAGUCCGGAAUUACCGAAUCCAUGGCAAACAGAUAAUACAGAAUUGUGGGACUUAGAAAAAACAAGUAAGGAUGUUCCACUUCGAAGAGUGAAACGAUGGGCCUUCGAUUUGAGAGAGCUUUUAAAUGACCCAAUUGGGCAUGAGCAAUUUAUUAAAUUCUUAGAAAAAGAAUACAGCUAUGAAAACCUGAAGUUUUGGGAAUCCGUUCAACAGAUGAAAAAACUGCCACAAUCCGAAGUCCGUGAAGCGGUUAAUAAUAUAUGGAAGGAGUAUUUGUCACCGGAUUCACCAUUUCCGGUAAAUGUUGAUUCAAAGUCUAUUGAAAUGGCACGCGAAGCCGUACAUGCACCCGGAGGACCAAAUCGAUGGUGUAUCGACGUAGCCGCCUCACAUGUAUACCAUUUAAUGAAAAGUGACUCAUAUUCGCGUUAUCUUCGUUCUGAUAUGUAUAAAGAAUAUUUAAAUGGAUCCAAGAAGAAGGUAAAAUCCAUUCCAAAUUUAUUUGGCGUAAAACGUUAAAUGUGUUUUUUUAUAUGCAAACUUACAUUAAAAAAAUAUUAUAUUUUAAAUGUAUAUGUUUAUAUAAAUGUGUCGUAAUCAUAUUCUCGAAAGUGAAAUUUGUGUUUUUCAAUCAGAAAAAAAAGAAGGAAAGAAACGUUAGAAGAUUAAAAAAACAUUAAAAAAGUAAUCAGAACAAUAAUGCAACAAACAUGAUUGAUUGUAAUAUAAACAAACAUAUUAACAAAAUAAAAAUGAAAACCACCUUGAGGUAAUACUAUUGAAAAUUCAAAAACAACUUUCUGAACACACAAAAAAAACAUUUCAUGUUAAUGUUAAUGUUCACUCAGUGCUAGGGGCGCGUCAAGGAACAAUUUGAAAUACAAAUUCACCCAUUACCAGGCACAAAUUCACUAUAGUUUCAGUUAUUUUUACGGUUGCCAUAGCGUAACAUUCAGGUGUGAAUACAUGGAAAAGAGGAACGACAAUCAUUAGUAUCAAUUGAGUUGUAUAUAAAAUAUCAUUUUUUUAAAUUAAAAACUUUACUCACCUACGGGCUCCUUCCCUCCGUACUACCGUUGUACUGUUCUUAUGAACGCACAACUAGGCCACAGAUUUGUGUAAUACAAAUAGUGUCAAGCCUAGCUAAGCUAACUAAUCGUUAGAAUAUUUGUUUUAUCUAAUAAUUUAUGGAUUCAAUGCUGCUGCUUGUCAGUUGACAUUGUUUGGUGGUCUUCUCAACGAAUCAGGCACUAGUACGCCAAACAUUGGACAAAGUCCUUUGAAGCAAAAACAUUAAAAAAUGAAUAUACUCUAUUUUCAAUUGAUUCAUACCUUUGAGCAUAAUGCAUUUUGCAGCAGCAAUAUCGCGGUGCCAAACAACUGUCUGUGGAGCAGCAACAUCACCCUGAACAUUUGAUGGCCAAUUUUUGUAGGUAACAUUAACCUUUGACAUUAAACGCCCAUUCCGAAGUAUUCUCGCCACAUCCUGAUAAUUGUAUAGCGACUGAGUCCGGUAGUCCAGCAAUCGGUUUCGCUUUGCAACCGUAGCACACUUUGAAUCGAUGCGGUUUUGUGUUCGCUGGAAAUCGUUCUUGGCAAUUCGCGCAUGUUUGUGAUGUUCCCCAUUCAUCUUCCAAUUUCACCACUGAAUGGCCAAGUUUCUUGACGCUCACCAAAAAUUUACGCGAUCCUAGACAUCUCUUUCGUCUCUUCAAACCAAAUGGCCGAGUGGGUGCCAUCUUCGGUGCACCAAAGAAAAACAUUAACGGCUCUUUGUUGGUCACUGUCACGGCGAUGUUAUCAUUUACUUGGUUCGACUUCAUGUAAUGAUCAAAAUCCAGUCGUGAAUAUUUACGCGAUACUCAAUGUACCAUUGCCAUGUUGAAUUACGCGGUGAUGGUGGACCGAAUGGGUAUGUCUUCAGAUGAUUCUUUUCUUCGAUAUCAAACCAUCCAGCCAGAGAGUAGAAAACGCUGCCGCUAUAGUAAUACUAUAUUAACAGUGCCUAUAAUAGACCAAGAGCCACUCUAACAAGUAACUUUUUUUUUGCUUUAUGUCAGAAAACUAUAUUGAACCAUGUAGCUAGACAUACACUAAACAAAUAAUUUUACGUCUGUCAUUACAGCCACCCACUUCGCGAAAUCUGCACUAUUAUUCGCGGAUAGAAAACACAUCAAUUAAUAAAGCGAGCUGCAUGUUUGAUUUUCUGGAAUAUAUUUUUUCUUUGCUCUUCGAUUAAAAUUUCUGCAUGA